AAAUAUAAUAACCACACGUUAUAUUCUAGUAGGAAGCCAUGGAAACCUUCUCCAUAACUGGAAACUCAUCUUCCUUCAUCAUUCUCACUAGACCAUCAACGAGGCACAAGCCAAUCUUCCUGCCACAGCGUCACACUUUCAACCCCAUCAGAUGCACCAAUACUGAUAAUAAUAACAAUAGUAGUAGUAGCAGCAGCAGCAACACAACCAAUGAUGAUGCAAACUCGGUUCAAGUUCAAGCACCAACCACGACACCAACUACUCCCGUAGAAAUAAGCUUCCGGAGAAGGUCGAGAAGGCAAGCCAAACGACUGCGAGAGAACGAGAACAGCGGCAUGCAAAAGGCGAGGGUGGAGACUCCCCCCAAGAAGUGGGAGGACAUGUCUCUGAGUGAGAAAGCAGUAGAGCUGUAUGUGGGAGAGAAGGGUGCUCUCUUCUGGCUCAACAAGUUUGCAUAUGCUUCAAUCUUCAUCAUGAUUGGGGGAUGGAUAGCCUUCAGGUUUGUGGGUCCUGCAUUCAACCUUUACCAGCUUGAUGGUCCUCUACUCUCCCCUUCUGAUGUCUUCAAGUGAUCGAUCUUCUUCAUCUCAAGUUUUUGAGUUUGAUCAAUAUUCACUCUUUUAGCUUCUGAGCUCAGAUGAUGCUCUCCAAUUAUGUUGCUACUAUAGUGCGUCACAGAUAUUAUAUGUACCAUUCCAGGAGAGCCAAAACCAACCAUUUUUUUUUUUGUUAAAGAGAGAGUUGUAAUGUCACUGCAGCAUUUUUUUUUCAGGCAUUUUUCGUGUUAGAAAUCAACCCUAUGAAUGAUCCAUAUACAUCAACUUUGUUUAGUGGGAUAAGAUUAUUGUAAUUGCUGUACAUCAACACCUUUUCAAGUAAACCGUGUAUUAAUCUAUGAAAUUGUAAGAUCAGUUUAAUUCUUGACA